AUGUCCGACUUCACCACGUUAUUGAGCGGGCUCUGGUUUCAUGGAGUGACGCCGCACCAAUACCGGCGGGAGAUGCGGCGCGACUUGUGCGCACACGCGACCGGAGAUCUCAUUCAGCAGUUGGAAGCACUGGGGAUCGAAAUUCCCCCGCAGGACGCAGGCCGGGUAACAGAGGGGGAGACAGUAGUGCGGGAGAGGAACGGUGGUAUCGAAGAUGUGAGGCAAGCACCGGUCAGUCAAGCCGGGGAUGACGCACGGGUUACGGCGAUGAUGAGGGAAAUUGCGACUAUGAAGAACGAUGUGAUGUUCCUGGACGCGAGCUUCACCGUCAUAUCCAAUUUUGUGGGAUUGAGGCGCGAGGAGGUGGUGUCCGCUGCAACCCAACUACUGAUGCAAGGCAACCCCGUGAGAUCCGGCGCAAAAGCAGAGGCAGGUGGCACCAAGAAUGCCCCACAGACUCCACAACGUCCAUCCGGGCGCAAAAGGCUUGUUGACAGCAGUCCAGAGGAGGAUGUCGUACGCAAUGCCACCCGUGUUGCGCUGGCCUCAUCGUUCGCUGCAUGUGAUCCGACAGCGCGCUUGCUGCAAAACCCGCUGAUGUCGGGAGGGACCAUACCUCACUGGAUGUUCACCCGCGGGAGACCGCUGCUCGGGGUGACGGUGCGGGCUGGAGCUGAUGCGUGGGGAGAUACGAGCGGCCACGAGACGGUGAAGGCAGAAGAAGAGGAGGAUCUCGUGUCAGACACGGAGGACGAAGAGGAUGGUGACGACACGUGUGUAACGAAGUACACAGGAGUGAAGUUGGAGAAAGCAUCAGGCAAGUUUGGCGUGAAGAUCCUGAUCAAAGAAGGAGGAAAGCGUAGGCAACAGCGGCUGGGUGCAUACACAUCGGAGGAGGAGGCGGCGUAUGCGUACGCCGCAGGUGCGUUCGUCCUGAGGCCACGAGACAAGAUACCCAACACGGUCAGUCUGUCAGCCGCAGAGAAGGCGAUGCUGCGUGGAUGCACCAAGGAAGAUCUGCAGCUCCUGGUGGAAGCGCGGAAGUGGUGGAGGUGGCGGAGCUGGCGGGAGGCGAGGGAGGGCGUGAACUGGAAGAUGAAACAAGGGAGGAAGCGAGUGGUUCCCACGCGCACACCAAAGAGGCAGAGGGUGGUGGAUAGAAACAAGGCGGCCAACGAACCAGACGACCCUUACAAUGCUGAGAGUGGGGGAACGGCCCCUGUGCACAACGAUGACGGCACUGGUGCAAAGAGUGCUUCAUCGUCCGAGCGCAAUGAAGAGGAUGGCGAGGCAGACUCAGACACAUCGGCCUCAGCCUCACCCGAAGAAUCCGGCAAACCUGCCACUGGAGGGAAGACGGCCGGCGAUGGGUGUGCGGGAACCGCUUCACCCAAAGCAGACGGGCGCGAAAGUCGGGGCGCGGGGGAGACGGAUGUGUAUCGGGGCGAAGGCCGAGGACAUGUGGACGGGCAUGUGCACCGCGCAUGCCCGACCCCAGUGGACACCGACGGCCAUGACGUGCGCAUCUCGAGCCGGGUUCUAGAGCAACUCAUCCGGGCUCAGGACAGGAGCGCCAAGGAGAACGCGCGGUUGGAGGCGCUAUUUUUGAAUGCAAUGGCGGAGCGUUCUGGUGGAUCUCGUAAGCGUAAGGCUCGAAAGCAGAGAGACCCAGAGCAGGGGUGCUUGAACCCGAAGCAUAAGCGUGGCGAGACAUGGAGCGGCGGGUCGGACGAUGACGGAGAGGACGACGAGGAAGAUACGCAUGGUUCUGGUGGUCGUCAUAUGCGUACUGCAAAGUCUCCUAUUCUGCAACGCGCGUUGGCGCAUCUGCCGACAGAUAAGGCGUGGAAGCAGGUGUGCGAGCUGGCCAGAGUUCACUUGUUUCUCAACAGGCCCACGUCGUCGAUGACCUUCUACCCGAGCAGCGACGAUAAGACUCACGGAGUGUGCGCGGUGCUGGACCGCCUGCCUCACAGCUUCGCCUGUUUGGCGUUGGCGGCUGACAAGUCGCGACGGGCGGAUCUCAACAAGACGCUGUCGGAGUGGAAGACAAGGGCUGCCGCUCGCGUGCGAGACAUUGCACUUCCCAAGCUCGGCCUGUUCCGGGACGACAGGGAUGCAUCCAGCCCGUGGGCACCUGAAAAGGAGCGUAGUAUCGACAAGAUAAGGGAGCGCAUUGGGCUUGGCGCUGACCCCCCUGAAACUCUAGUGCUGACCAGCUGGGCACACGACAGGGAUGGCAUGCCGUUUGCCUCCCGGGCGUUCGCGACAUGUGCGAAGGCUGCCUUCAAGACGAAGAAGGCAGGGCUGGUGAUGACCCUUAAGGUCUCCGACUGCGUCCUCUACUGGGAGGCGCGGAAAGGCCGGCUCUCCAGCUCGGCGGGCGGGAACGCCCACGUGGUGGAUGGGCUCAAGGUCCUGGUCAAGGAGGCCGUGGAGAGGGUGAUCCGUAUCCGCAACCCCGAGUAUGACGCGGAGCGCGAAGCGUGGAUUUGGGGGCGCCAUGGCCUGCGCAUCUCUACGUGCGGCCUGGAGCACAUGAAGCCCGCGGCCACCACCAAGCUGCAAGGCAUCGUAGGGGAUGACGACCUUUCGGCGUCACUUGGUGAUGAGUAG